CUAAAAGGUGAGGAUACUUCCUGACCUGUUUACAACACAGAGAAGUCAGCUUGGGGAAGACUAGAUCUGCUUUUGAGACCCACUUGAAAGAAGAAAGAAAAAAAAGGGCCCUUGGCCCUGCCCCGUGGAGAAUUCGGGAGCCAAGGAGACACAGCAGGGACCAGUCUUUGGUAGGAAAGAUUUCCUCUCCGCUGAGUGCUUUCUCUUCUGCCUCUGCUCUGCCUACUCAGAGUCGCUCUUCGGGAACAGUCUGUGGUCUCUUCCUCUCAGUUCUCCUCUGGCCAUGUCCUUAGCUGAGGCAAUCCGUCUUUGGAAUGAAGGGGUGCUGGCAGCAGACAAGAAGGACUGGCUUGGAGCCUUGGAGGCCUUCAGUGAAGUUCAGGACCCCCAUUCCCGGAUCUCCUUCAACAUCGGCUGCAUUUACAUGAUUCUAGAAAACCUGCAGGAGGCAGAAAAGGCCUUUACCAGGAGCAUAAGCCGAGACAAACAUUUAGCAGUGGCUUAUUUCCAGCGAGGGAUGGUUUUUUAUAGGAUGGCGAAAUAUGACUCAGCUCUUCAAGACUUGAAAGAGGCAUUGACUCAGCUCCGAGGGAACCAGCUGAUAGAUUACAAGAUCCUGGGGCUGCAGUUCAAGCUGUUUGCCUGUGAGGUGUUAUAUAACAUUGCUUUCAUCCAUGCCAAGAAAGAGGAAUGGAAGAAAGCUGAGGAGCACUUGGCACUGGCCAUGAGCAUGAAGACAGAAGCUAGACACUCCAAAAUUGACAAAGCUAUGGAAGCUGUCUGGAAACAGAAGCUGUAUGAGCCGGUGGUCAUUCCCGUGGGGAAACUGUUCAGACCUAAUGAGAAGCAAGUGGCCCAGCUGGCCAAGAAGGAUUACUUGGGCAAAGCGACGGUUGUAGCAUCUGUAGUGGAUCAAGACAGUUUCUCAGGAUUUGCCCCUCUGCAACCCCAGAUGGCUGAACCUCCCCCAAGACCCAAAACACCAGAAAUCUUCAAGGCCUUGGAAGGAGAAGCACAUCGGGUGCUAUUUGAGUUCACACCUGAGACAUCAGAGGAACUCCAAGUCUUGCCAGGAAAUAUUGUCUUUGUCCUGAAGAAAGGAAAUGAUAACUGGGCCACGGUCAUGUUCAAUGGGAAGAAAGGACUUGUCCCUUGUAAUUACCUGGAACCUGUUGAACUCCGGAUCAAUUCUCAACUUCAAAACCAGGAGGAAACCUCUCCAGAUUCCGAUAUUCCAGCACCACCUAAUUCCAGAGCUCCUGAACAGCCUCACAUGCUCCCAGGCACAAAGCAACCAGAAGAGCAGAGAGACCUAAAGCUCAGUGUUCCCACACCGUAUACCCUCAAAGUGCACUACAAGUACACAGUGGCUAUAGAGAUUUGUCCUGGGCUUCCCUACAGUGAGAUCUUGGACAUGGUGUGCAAAAAACUGGAGCUGCUCCCCAAGCACACUAAGCUGAGCUAUCGGCCUGGGGAUGACAAGGGCCUCAUCACCCUUUCAGAGGAAAACAUGAAGAAUGUGUGGAGCCACGUGAAAAACUAUUGCCUAACUCUCUGGUGUGAAUACACAGUGGGUGACCAAGGCUUUCCAGAAGUACCAGAGAAAAAAGAAAAUCAUAAUAGCCAUGUGACAGAACCUCAACAGAAAGAAGGAAACCAAGUGUUGGCACUAUUCAAUUAUGAAGCUUCACAACCAGAGGACCUGGAAUUUCUAGCCGGAGAUGUGAUCCUGGUGUUAUCAAAAGUGAAUGAUGAAUGGCUGGAAGGAGAAUGCAACGGGAAAGUGGGCAUUUUCCCAAAAGCUUUUGUUGAAGAAUAUGCAGCUACGGACCCAGAAGGCCAGGCUCUGAAAGCUUAGGCAAAGAAGUUGGAAGAGGAGCUGAAAUUCUGAGUAUUUCAAAGAUGCACAACAGUUGGUGUGCUACAAUGCCAUUUGGAGAAUGUUAACCUGUUUUCCUUGUAAAGCUUUAUCUGAUGUUUUUCUCCUUCAUUAAAAAUCUUGUUACUUAAGUAGUCAGGACCUGGAUAAUGAGUGGUGUUUCUAGGGAACAAGGCAUUUGAUCUGAUUUGAGAAACAUUGGAGUCCUUGUUUUACAACGUCUAUCACUAGCAUCUCUUCAUUCCCUUGUAGUCCCUGAGGGUGUUAAGUAUCAGAAGCCCAGUUCCUGAAGGUUCGAAUACAAGAAUGGCACUAUUAGCCAAGUAGUAAAAGAAAACUAUUCUCAGGAAGCCAGAGUAUUCUAAGUUAAAAUCUUUAGAUUAAAAUUUACCAAGCACCUUCUUCAGAACCACUUUGAGAGGUAGCUUGUACAAGUAUGAGAUAGUAUAAGGAAUUGAAUCCUAUUGUGAUUUCAAUGUCACGAGGAUUCCUAGAGUGAGGAAAAUCCCUCUACCAAUGCAAGAUGGCACCUCCUCUGCAACCUAGAUUCUUAGGGCUUACCAGAGCACGGAGAGAUUAAAUAACUAGCCGGAUUAUCACAAAACCAGGAUGUUUCUAAUGCAAGACUUGAAUGAACCCAGGUCUUCCAGCUAUCUGGCAUGCCAAUGGCUGCUGAAGUUUUGCAAAGUGAUUUCCUUAAAUCUUAAUUUCCUUAAACUGUGUAAGGGAUAUUGUACAAACAGUAGAAUUCCCAGGAGGAAACUGUUCCUGGGUGGCAAACAAACUAGGCCCUGGUCUCACAGGUAGUAAAAGUAGGGGAAGGGGUAGAAGAAGAGAGAUUUCAACCUACACCGCCUGGACUCACAUUUCACACUCUUUCCAUGUGACCACAGUGGUUUUCUAUUAUUCUCAUUUUAGUAAUGAGCAAACGAAGUCUCAAGAGAAGUUAAGUGACUUACUUGUCUUGCUCUUAAGACACAUUUUGAUGGAAUCCAGUAUUCCUUUCUCCACCAAACUCUUCUGGCCUACCCUCAAUAGCUUUACUUUAGUUUCUUUGGUUUUGUCAUGAAACUCAAUUGUUCACCUUUUAAAUGUUAUCUUUUUCUUGCUGAUGGGCUAAUUCUGUUAAGUUCAUCCCAAAGUUUUUCAUGUCCAUAUAACAAUGAACUACAGCUGUAAAAUAUCAGUUUCCUAAUGUACUUUUAGAAUAAAUCAAUCAAAGUGAAGGGCUAUAAA